CACAGCGAGGCGGCGAAAAGAUGACACCCGCUGGAGACGCGGAGGCUGAUUACCGUCCCCCUCUCGGGCCACGGGCGAAUGGGCCCCGUUGGGCGCACACAAUUGAUGGAAUUCUGCACCGUUUCGGGACGCCGGCGCUGAAGACGCUGAAGCGAGACGUCAGGCUGGCCGGCAACUUUGGUGAAAGCAGCCACAUGGCGCGCUGGCUGCGUUAGCGCGGUGUAGUGGCUGCAGGUCGCUGCCAAGGGUCCCCGACGACACUCGACGCCGCGGAGCCGAUGCGGCAUCGGAGUGCAUCGUCCGUCUGAUCCCUGGCCGCGACGAUGCGGAUGCCCAGGCCGUCGAGCGCCGGCCUGUCUACUUGAAGAACGCACACGCACAGCUCGCGCGCCGGUCGAGAGCUUGAUUGAUUUGGUUUGAAUCCGGAACCGCAGGUGCCAAUUUCGCCGCCGCAAGACACGCCUGGGGGUAUCCGCCGUCGACGGGACACUACAGGCAGUCGACGACCGGUCAGACUGACCCGAAUAGGUACGAAGUACGAAGUACGCUUCCUACUGUACGCAUCGUUCGCAUCUCCGCCCCGGCCAUGUCGCCCUCGCAGCCCGUCGUCCAGCUCGCCGGCCUCCAGACCGAGACGAGGAACCCGCGCACCACGGCCAUCGACACCGUCUCGACGCUCGAGCUGUGCCGCAUCCUCCAGCGUGAGGACGCGCGCGUGCCCGCGGCCGUCGAGCCCUGCGUCCCCGCCAUCGCCGCCGCCAUCGACGUGCUGACGGACCGCGUGCGCCGCGGCGGCAGGGUGUUUUACAUUGGCGCCGGCACCAGCGGGAGGCUAGGGGUCCUGGACGCGUCGGAAAUCCCGCCCACCUACUCGGCACCAGCCGACAGGUUCAUCGCCCUCAUCGCGGGCGGCGACUACGCGCUCCGCAACGCCAAGGAGGGUGCCGAGGACAGCCGAUCUGGUGCCGAGGAGGACCUCCGCCCGUACGGCUUCGACCCGGCCGUCGACUCGCUCAUCGGCGUCGCCUCGUCCGGCCGCACGCCCUACGUCCUCGGCGGCCUCGAGCACGUGCGCCGCAUCGGCGGUGCCACCGUCGCCGUCGUCUGCGUCCGGCCGUCGGCCGUCGAGGACGAGGGCAACGCCGACCAUGUCAUUGCCGCCGUCACCGGGCCCGAGUCGGUCACCGGCAGCACCCGCAUGAAGGCCGGCACCGCCACCAAGCUGGUCCUCAACAUGAUGAGCACCGGCAUCAUGAUUAAGCUGGGCAAGACCUAUGGCAAUUUGAUGAUCGACCUCAAGGCCACCAACAUCAAGCUAAGGCAGCGCGCCAAGAACAUGCUCCGGCUCAUUGGCGGCGCCGCGUGCACGCAGACCGAUGAGGAGCUCGACGCCGUGCUGGCCGCCUGCCACGGCAGCGUCAAGCUCGCCGCCGUCACCAUCGUGCUGGGCGUGUCCGUCGCCGACGCCGAGGCGCGCCUGGAGCGCAGCAACGGCGUGCUGGCCCGCGUGUUUGAGGAGGCGCAGAGGCAGGCCGUCGAGGAGGCGCACCGCGACGAGGGCCUCGUCCUGUGCGUCGACGCCGGCGGCUCCAGCUGCCGGGCCGUCAUCAUGGGGCCGGACGGGACGGCCGCGUGCGGCGCCGCAGGCCCGUGCAACGUCUCCACUAUCGGUAUCGACGCGGCCAUGGCGGUCAUGGCCACGGCCAUCCAGGAGGCGACGGACAAGUGCGAGGCCACGCGCGGGCGGCAGUUCCAGGCCGUGAGCUUCGCCGCCGCCUGGGUCGGCAUGGCGGGCUACGAGCGCCCGGCGCUGUCGCCGCUCAUCGACGCGGCGUUGGCGGAGCUGCUCAGGCUGCGCGUCGGCGAGGGCCUCCGGGUCACGGCCGACAUCGACCUGCUGCCCGCGGCCGUCGCCGAGGACCCGAGCCUCGACGCGGCCGUCGUGGUCGUCGCCGGCACGGGCUCCGUGGCCAUGAGCUACGCGCGGGCGUCCGACGGCGGGGGCUUCGUCCGGUGCGGGCGCGCCGGCGGGUGGGGCCCCCUGCUGGGCGACGACGGCGGCGGCUACGGCCUGGGGCGCGAGGCUCUGCGGCGGGCGCUGCACCAGGCGGACCUGCGGCCGGCACACGGUGCUGCAGGGGGCAGCGACGCGCCGCUCUCGCCGCUGGCCGGCGCCGUGUCGGCGCACUUUGACGCGCAGCACCCCCGGGACCUGCUCAGCGCUGUGCUGAUGCCGCACCAGCCGUCGGGCCCCGACGACACCGCCGCAGCGCAGGGCGCGACCAAGCGCAUCGCGUCGGCGGCGCGCGUGGUGCUGGACCUGGCGCGGGCGGGCGACGCCGAGGCGCGGGCCGUUGUCGAGGCCGGCACGGCGAGCCUCGCGGAGCUGGUGGCGGCGCUGGUGGACGGACAGGCGCAGGCGCACGAGGGGCGGCGGUGCGGCCUCGUGCUCGCGGGCGGGCUGCUGCAGGACGACGACUACAGAGGCCGCCUGGUGGACGCGCUGGCCGGGCGGCAUUUCGCGCGCGUCGAGACUGUCGGGCAGCCGGCGGUGGACGGCGCGCGGUGCCUGCAGCGGGAGCUGCGGCGGUAACAGACGCGCACGCAUGCUACGAAGUACACUAUAGAUUUAGACAGGAGCGCCACCGUUGGACCUCGAAAACACACAUUUUCGAACCGAGCCCAUGCCCGGCCUGUCGCACCACUUGGAACGUACAAAGCGCAC